CGAGGCCAGGACAUGAAAAUGAAAAAAUAAAUUCAAAUAAAUAAAUAAAUAUUCAGAAUUCUAGCAUUUCCUUUUCUAAAAAAGCCCUCCGGUGCUCCUCCUCUUCGUUUCCGUUCCGAAACCCUGGGAUUUUAUGCUCUCUGUAAUUUUCGAUCUGGUGCCAGUUUAUUUUUCUCCGAAUUAUUGAUUAGUGUUUGCAGACAUUGUUGUAUGGAAAGAUGUCAGGUUCAGAGGCCGGAGUGAUGACGAGUAGGGAUGCUUUCAACUUGGGGCUUCGGCAGAAUACUCAGCCGCUCGCCCAGAACAUGCGCUUGGCUUUUAGCACAGAUGCCGCCGCUUUCAACCCCUCCGGCGCCGCCACUUCAGCCUCACCCUCAGUCUCAGUCUCACCCUCGACCUCGCCUACUUACCAACCCUCCUCCGGGAACGGUGGCUCCACCACUGCUGGUGGGGCCAUGUUGAGUGUGAACGUGAGCAGCAUGGUUGGGAGUGGUGAGCCCGUGAAGAGGAAGAGAGGGAGGCCCAGGAAGUACGGGCCAGAUGGCACCAUGUCAAUGGGUGUCGCCCCUGCGCCUCAAUCUGUCCCCGGAAAGCAGUCAAGCGGAGGCUUUUCUCCUCUUUCUGCUCCACCUCUGUCUGCCUCACCCGCCUCGUUCAAGAAAGUUAGGGGUAGACCGCCUGGUUCUAGCAAGAAGAAACAAUUGGAUGCUCUGGGAUCAGCAGGUGUUGGGUUUACACCCCAUGUUAUCAAUGUGAAAGCUGGAGAGGAUGUAUCAACGAGAAUAAUGUCAUUUUCUCAGCAUGGUCGAAGGGCUAUCUGCAUCCUGUCAGCAAUUGGAGCCAUAUCCAAUGUGACUCUACGCCAAGCAGCCACUUCUGGUGGAACUGUAACUUAUGAGGGAAGAUUUGACAUUCUGGCGCUUUCUGGUUCUUUCCAGCUAUCUGAAAAUGGUGGUCAGCAGAGCAGAACUGGUUGUUUAAGUGUAUCUUUAGCUGGCCCUGAUGGGCGUGUUUUGGGUGGUGGUGUGGCAGGCGUUCUUACAGCUGCAUCCCCUGUUCAGGUAGUCGUGGCGAGUUUUAUAGCAGAUGGUCGCAAGGAAUCAAAAUCGUCAUACCAGAUGGAACCCUCGACUGCCCCACCAAAGCUUGCCCCAGGUGGUGGGCCUGCAGGGGUCAGCGGCCCACCAUCACGUGGAACUCUUAGUGAAUCCUCAGGCGGACCCGGGAGCCCUCAUAACCAUAGUACAGGAGCUUGCAAUAACAGUAACCCACAAGGGAUGCCAUGGCAUUAAAGCCCCUUGUAAGUGUAGUCUUUUGACUGAUUUGUGUUGUGGGAAUGCACUCUAAUGUUGUGUUUCAUUUUCUUUUAGGCCUUUCAAGUCUUUGAUCAUUUCUAAUUCAGGGCCUAUGUAUAAGUUCAGUAGAAUAAAGGACUACAGGAUUGUUUCCAGCUUGGCAAUAUUGGCUCUUGCCAGUGCCAACCAAUUAGUGACAGGUGCCCUCUGCACUUUGAGGUCGUAACUUAGAAAUUAGAAGGAAGCUUCUGCUUUUUAGGAAAUUCUAAGUCAAGAUAGUCUUACAGCUUGUUAUGUACUGACUUUCUGUAGUAGCUGCUUCUCGUUGGCCAUCCGAUUCCGGUAUGCUAGACUUUCACCUUGUUUCGUUAUUGAUUUUAAGUUGGAAAACA